AUGGCACUGCUGCUCUAUGUGCUGGUCCUCGGCCAGUUAUUCCACCGGUGUUGGGCAGAGGCUUUAGACCACACGGCCGCGAAGUGCUCGAAGAUACCGGCCCCGCGAGUUCCGGGUGCAAAGGUCCUCUCCAUCUCUUCGGCUUUGAGGCUCAACCAUACCGAACCGCAAUCGAGCCCGAUCCUCGACCAUACCAUCGACAACAUUAAUGUGUGCGAAGUCAACGUCACUCUACGUCACACCGGCGCCAACGAUACCGUGUCUGUGCAGACUUGGCUCCCGGUACACCAAUGGAACAAGCGAUUCGUUGCCGUAGGGGGCGGCGCCUGGGCAGCCGGAACCGGCCUCGUCAGCCUUGCAGAGCCAGCUUCACAGGGCUACGCAGCGUCCACAACCGAUGGCGGUCUCAUCGGAUCGCCUUACUCCCCGGAACUCUGGGCUUUGAACGCAGACGGUAGCGUCAACAUGGAUCUCUUGACCAACUUCGCUUCAAGAUCCAUCCACGACAUGGCUAUUGUUGGAAAGGCAGUAACGGCCUCCUUUUACUCACAUGCGGCAAAGUACUCGUACUGGAACGGCUGCUCGACCGGCGGUCGACAGGGCAUGGUCGCUGCCCAAAAGUACCCUAAGGACUUUGACGGCGUUCUGGCCGGCUCGCCUGCGAUUUACUGGACCGAGUACGUCAUUGCGGAGCUCUGGCCCCAGGUCGUUAUGAAGGCAGAGAACUACUUCCCGACUCAAUGUGAAUAUGAGGCUAUUGUCCAGGCCGGCAUUGCAGCAUGCGAUGGUCUCGACAAAGUCAAGGACAAUGUUAUCACUCAGCCAUCGCAUUGCAAGUUUGACCCUUUCACAGUGGUCGGUAAGAAGCUCCAAUGCCCUAGCGCGAAGGAGGAAGUGGUGAUCAACGAGAAGCUCGCCUCCAUCGUCAGCAAAAUCUGGGAUGGGCCCCGAGACCGUCACGGUAAGAGCCUUUGGUAUGGUCUCGAGAUUGGUGCAAGCCUCUGGAAUCUCGCCGAAACUGGAGAGGCGAACGGAACGCGAUUUGGCAAGCCAGUCUUUGUGGCUGAUGGCUGGACUCGAUUCUUCGUCAAGCGGGAUCCCAAGUUCGACACAGCUUCGGUUGACACCGAUGCCCUGGUGCAGCUUUUCCGGGAGUCCAGGGAGACAUUCGACGAGAUCAUUGGCUCUGCGAACCCUGAUCUCUCGCGGUUCAAGAAAUCGGGUGGCAAGCUGAUCAUGUGGCACGGCUUGGCUGACCAGCUCAUCUUCCCUCAAGGUAGCGUGCGCUACUACGAGGAAGUGAAGCGUGUCUUGGGCGGUUCCAAGGCCACGCUUGACUUCUUCCGACUGUUCUUGGCUCCCGGCGUCGAUCACUGCGGCUAUGGUCCUACCCCAGGAGCCGUACCGUCUCCUUUCAACGACCUUGUGUCUUGGGUCGAGAAGGGGCGAGCGCCCGAGAAGAUUGAGGCAAAGACUCUCCCCACCUCGGCGGUGCAAUUCACGCGGAAGAUCUGCCGAUAUCCGUUGGUUGCCAAGUACCAAGGCUGGGGAGACAAGGCAUCUUCUGACAGCUAUAAAUGCAUGCGAGACUGCUAA